AUUCAUAUUCAUAUUGACAAUAAAUACGACAUUCCAAAUAAAUUAAUAAAUACUCAUAUUUAAAUACAACAUUUAACGUCAAUACCUAAACGUUUAUACUUGAUCCAAAAAAAUGACAUCAACAUUUAACUGUUGAAUUCACGAAAUAAAUAAUAAACUAAUUUUUUUAUUAAUUAAAUUAACUGAAACAACAUCAUUUUGCUUAGAGGUCAUAAAUAAAUCAUGUCAAUCAUACCAGUGUUAUUUACACUGGUUUCAUGACCAAUACCGAUUCAACCAAAUUCAAUCGGCCAACAUUCGACCAUAGUGAACUACAUGAUAAAUUAUUCAUCUCUCCCUCCCUCCCUCCUUGCUUGCAUAUAUAACUUCAAGCUCCGCAGCUGCUCCUACCAAACUAUCAAUCCUUACCUAAAAGAAGAAAGAAAAUAAGAAGAAAAAUAAAAGCCAUGGAAGUAAACAUCCUUGAGACCACCAUCGUGAAGCCAGCCAAUGACAAGGAAGAGACGAGCUCUCCUCCUGGCCAGCGACUCUGGCUGUCCAACUUGGACCUCGUGCACGGCAGGAUUCACCUGCCGCUGCUGUUCCUCUACAAGCGGGACCUCAACAGCCUGGCGUCGCACGAUUUCUUCGACGCCAGGUUGCUGAAGGAGGCACUGAGUCGAGCCCUCAUCCCCUUCCACCCUCUGGCCGGGAGGCUGGCCAGAGAUGAGGAGGAGAGAAUCGAGGUGGACUGCAACGGCAAAGGUGUGCUGUUCAAGGAAGCCGAGGCUCCGGAAAUAGGGUUGGAUGAGAUCGAUGAUUUCAUGCCGGCCUCCGAGCUGCUCAAGUUGGUGCCAAGAGUUGAUUAUGCAGAAGAGAUCUCUUCUUACCCUUUGUUACUCCUUCAGGUCACAAGGUUCAAAUGCAAUGGAGUAUGCCUCGGGAUCGGCACCCACCACAGCCUAGCCGAUGGGCAAUCAGCCAUGAACUUCAUCAACACAUGGUCCGACAUGGCUCGAGGCCUUCCCCCGAUCGCCACACCGUUCCUUGACCGCACCAUCCUCCAAGCCAGGAGCCCGCCCUCUCCAAAGUUUCACCACACCGAGUACGACCCGCCCCAAACCCUAAUCAACAACAACAACAACUCGAAGAACCCGACCCAAAUCGACCCCAAAAACCUCACCACUAUGUCGAUUGUCACGUUCACACCGGACCAAGUCCGUGCCCUAAUAACGAAAUGUGCAAACCCUAGCAACGACCAUUCCAAUGUCAGGUACAGUACUUACCAAAUCAUGACCGCACACAUUUGGCGCUGCGCGAGCAGGGCGCGCGGCCUGGCCGACGAUCAGCCGACCAGGCUGCACAUAUCGGUCGACGGAAGGUCUAGGUUGGUCAACCGCCCACCAUUUCCUGUGCAUUACUUCGGCAAUGUGAUUUUCCAUGCUACUACGAUGGUAAAGGCUGGAGAGCUUGUCUCUGAACCGAUUGCUCGAACCGUGGAGAGGAUUCGACGAGCGAUAAACACGAUGGACGACGAGUAUCUGAGGUCGGCUGUAGAUUACUUGGAAGAUCCUAAUGAUCCAGCUGGUGUGAUGCAGGUUCCGGGGACAUGUCGGUCGCCGAACCUGAAGAUCAUCAGCUGGAUCAGGCUUCCUUUCGAGUACUCCGAUUUCGGGUGGGGGAGGCCCGUGUCGUAUCGUCCUGCGAAUCUAUUCGAAGGGAAAGGGAACCUGAUGCACGGCACGGAUGGGAGCCUGUCCCUGGUGAUUUGUCUUGAAGAAGGUGCUAUGGUGGCGUUUCGAAAGCUGGUUCAUGAUGAUGAUGUUGGCGGUUGUUGUUCCGAGAGAUCGGCCACAUCGUCCAGGCUCUGAUAUCAAUAAUAACUCGUCUUGAAGCGACGAUGUUGUAUGAUGUUUUAUGUUUGUUCCUGCAUUAAGACUUUCAUAUAAUGUCAAACGCAUAUGUUCACGAAUUCAUUCUGAUCGCUCGUUAUAGAAUUGUUGGGGGAAAAAAUGGGUUAAUUGCAUGGUUGGUCACUGAGAUUACAAAAAAUGUUCAAGUUUGGUCACUCGAAAUAUUUAAAUCCAUUGGUGGUACUUCAAUUUACUGAAACCGUUCAAUUUGGUCACUCUCCGUCCAACUCCGUUAACUUUUGCUUACGUGGCGGUCAACUCUAAAAGUUGACCGUUAAAUGUGUGACGUGGCAAUUUAAAAAUGAUAAAUUUAAUAAAAUUAAUUUUUUUAA